CACGUCUCGACAGGUCUGUAGGAAGACAUACCUUCAUCUGAAAGUGGAAGGACUGUCACUGGGACUACGUUUGAGGAACAUACAGCAUCAAGUCUUGUUUAGAUUGGACCUGCUACCGCAUUGACCCACCUGUCACCUGGCAUCAUGAGAUUGGUUCUGAGAGCAGGGGUCCUGCUUCUGGGGGCCCUCCAUCUGUUGGCUCAGGACCCGGAUUAUGACGACAUGGUUAUCAGGCCCAGAGACAUCCUUGAUGCCAGCGGCCUGUGCCCGGUGAACGUGUACUUUGCCAUAGACACCUCAGAGAGCGUGGCUCUGAAGGAGCAACCCUGGGGAAACCUGGUGGAGGAGCUUAAAAUAUUCAUUAAACUGCUCGUGGAGAAGCUGGAUAGGUCCCACACAUCCACGUCUGUCACCCCCUCCCCAUCUUCUGCCUUAGGCUCCAGCAAGAUCCGCUGGGCUUAUGGCGGCCUGCACUUCUCAGACCGCGUGGAGAUCUUCAGCAACGUUGAGACCGAUACUCAGAUGUUUCUGUCACGGCUACAGCUUGUUCGUUAUAUCGGUCGGGGUACUCACCUCGACUGCGCCUUAAGAAAUAUGACGGAUCGAGUGCGUUUUGCCGGUCGCAAUAAGAGACCAAGGUUGCAGUAUGCCGUGGUGCUGACAGACGGAUACAUCACAGGAAGCCCUUGCGGUGGGGUCCAGCAGGCCGCAGAGGAAGCCAAGGGGGCGGGCAUGAAGAUAUUUGUGGUGGCUACGGACAAGGAGACAGUGGAGAACGAGUUAAAACAGAUUGCUAGUCCACCUAUGGAGGUGUACAGGAGAGACUACCUGGCAUAUCCCAGCAUCCCCCGUAAGGCAGCAGUAAACAGCAUAGCUGAGAGCAUAGUGAAACAUGCCGAAUAUGAGUGCCAGGUACCUAUGUGUGUCCAAAGAGAUGGAUUUCCUGGUGAAAAGGGGUAUAAAGGAAUGAAGGGCGAGAAGGGAACUGCGGGUGCAAUCGGAGACCCUGGUCUCCCUGGACAACAGGGGGACCUUGGUGUUGAGGGACCAAUUGGUUUGCCUGGUCCAAAGGGAUCUCCUGGACUAAAAGGAGAAAAGGGGGAUUUUGGAACUUCUGGGACAAAGGGUCAAAAUGGAGCUGCUGGGUAUGAUGGCAUUGAUGGAGAAAAGGGAAAAACUGGCACCAUGGGUACGCCUGGAUGUAAAGGACACCCUGGCAUGCAAGGAGAUCCAGGUUCUCCUGGGGACUUUGGGGUCAAAGGUGAAGCAGGAACAACAGGUGAACAGGGUGUUGCUGGACGGAGUGGGAGACCAGGAGCUCAGGGGGAUCGUGGCAGGCCGGGGAGAAAAGGUAUCUCUGGCUAUGCAGGAAACCCAGGUCUGUUUGGAAGAAAAGGAGCGAAGGGCCAGCCUGGACCUGCAGGGGCUCCAGGAGAUGAUGGCAUCAGAGGGGAUAGUGGAGAUGCUGGUCCACGGGGGAGGACAGGCAGAAAAGGAGCCAAGGGAGAGCUAGGGCCAGAGGGUGAAAGGGGACUCACAGGAGACACUGGAGCAGCAGGCUCCACAGGCGCCCCAGGUUUCCCAGGGGUCCGUGGUCCAGCAGGUGACAAAGGGGAGUUGGGAGCUCCGGGUUCUCAGGGACAGAUAGGGGAAUUUGGACCCAGAGGACAUGCAGGGGGGCAAGGGGCAAAGGGAGACAAAGGAAAAGAUGGCUACAACUACGCAGGACCCAGAGGUGAACAGGGUGACAGAGGAGAACCUGGCUUACUUGGCUUGCCGGGCUCCAGAGGGUACUAUGGUGAGAAAGGAGAAGAAGGGUCCAAAGGAGGGACAGGAGAGCCAGGAGAGCCAGGGCUUGAGGGGAAUCCAGGAGACAGAGGGAUAAGAGGUCCGCCUGGGUCUUCAGGAUCCCCUGGCCCACGCGGGCGUUCAGCACUGACUGAGUGUGAACUCAUGGGACAUGUAAGAGAAACAUGUGGAUGCUGUGACUGUGUGAAGAUGUGUCCUCCUCUCGACCUGGUGUUUGUGAUUGACAGCUCUGAGAGUAUAGGAAAAACCAACUUCAGCCUAGCUAAGAACUUUGUUCUUAGUGUGGCAAACAGACUGGGGUCAAUGGCCAAGAACAAAACUGAUGUAUCAGGGUCCCGUUUUGGCGUGGUCCAGUAUAGUCACUUCGGAGCUGUUCAGGCUAUCCGGAUGGAUGACAAGACUGUGACCACUUUGACCUCCUUCAAGGUCAAGGUCAAGGCCUUGGAGUGGAUUGCGGGAGGCACCUGGACCCCAUCCGCCCUGAAGUACACCUACGACAACCUGAUCGUCCCCGGGCGCAGGCCUGGCACCAAGGUAAUGGCAAUAGUCAUCACGGAUGGUCGGUACGACCCUAAGGAUCUGGACAGUCUGGGGUCUCUGUGUGGCGGGGUGGAUGUGUACGCUGUCGCCAUAGGUGACAUGUUCAAGACCGGAGCUGAGAGGCAGAACCUGGAGAGGAUAGCCUGCAACAUGACCGACCGGGUGAAGACCUUGAGCGUGUACGCAGAGCUGACAGCGGAAGACUUCCUGGAGGAGGUUGAACAGUUGCUUUGCCCAGAUCCAGAGACGAUCUGUCCUGACCUGAAGUGUGCCCCGGAUAUAAAUGUUGCUCCCCUGGUCCAGCGCCCUGUCGACAUCCUGUUCUUUGUGGAUGGCUCUGAGAGAACAGGGCCAGGAAACUUCCGGACCGUUCUGGGCUUCAUCAACAGACUGGCCCAGGAAAUCCCUCUGUCCAAUGGGGACUCGGACGCAAAGGGGGCUCGCUUUGCUGUCCUGCAGAUUGGAGGGGAACAAGACCCAGAAGUCCUUCUAGACUUCUCCUACAGUACCAGCAGCAUCAGCUCCCUGGCCUUCCAGGCUGUGUACCGGGACUCCUCUGCCAGACUAGGAGGCGCCAUCCUCUACGCUGCUAAGAACCUGGUCGUGAGCCCCGGAGGCCGGUUCAGAGGAGUCCGUAGAAAUGCUGAGAUAUCUUUUGUGUUUGUCACCGACGGAAUGGUGUCUGAUAGGAACAUGGUGCAGGCUGUGGACGCCAUGAGGAAAGCCAACGUAGUCAGCAUGGCAAUUGCAGUGGGCCCUGAGGUAGAUAGAGCCAGGCUUCUGCAGCUUACUUUAGGGGACACAUCUCUCAUCUUUAACCUGAAGAACUUUAAGGAAAUGACUGCUCCAGGUGUGGUGAGGUCUAUUGGUCGUUGUCUCGGUUAAGCAAAGUUGUUUUGUCUCUGCUGAUCUUUGUCAAAAAUGACAGUGCUAUACUGACCUAGAAGGUAUUAGUUUUUCUCAAUCGCUUUGGCUCAAAUCUCAAACGUAAGUACAAUUGUUAUUGCUCAAAAACUACAUGCACAUUGCUUGUUGUUCAAAACUGAUGAGUUCAUUUUCCGUGACUCUUCUAAACAUUCUUUCAUCGUGUGAGCCAUCCAUCACAUGCAAAAUAAUUCAUUCAAUUAUAAAAAUCUGGCCGACACAUGUAUAUUCCCUAAAUAUGUAUAACAUGGAAUGUUUGUGAUGUCUGCUAAAUUGGCAAAUUACCUGCAAGGUAACAUGAAAUACGAAUCACAACCUAACAAAUAAACCAAAUCUUUUUAUUGUUGCAUGGAUGUCAAUUUGUGACAAUUUUCUGUUCAGUAUAACUUUACAUGUCAGAAAUAUGUAAACAAUUGACAUGCAAAUGUGAAUUUUCUGUUUGCAUGUGAUGCAUGUGAUGCAU